AUGCACCGGGUCCUCGCCAAGGGCGACUACAGGGUUAAGAUCAGCGCCGACCAGCUGUGCAUCUCCGCCGGGUGCGGCGCCAUCCUCGACAACCUCUUCAUGUGCGUCACCGAGCCCGGAGACGCCGUCCUCAUCCCCGCGCCCUACUACCCAGCCUUCGACAACGACCUGCGCGUGCGAAACGGCGCCGUCGCCGUGCCCGUGUGCGGCGACGACGCGGUAUCCCUGCCCACCCCGACGCAGCUGGACGAGGCGGUGGAAAAGUGUAGAGCCGAAGGCGUCGCCGUCAAGGCGAUCCUGCUCACCAACCCUUCCAACCCGCUCGGCGUCAUCUACGGAGAAGAUUCGCUGAUGGACGCCAUCAUAUGGGGCCUGGCCAACGACAUGCACGUGGUGGUGGACGAGGUGUACGCGUCGUCCGUGUUUGGAACGCACGCGGUGGACGAUCUAUCCGGCGACCGCGUGAACCCUUUCGUGUCCACGGCGAAGACGAGGCUCCACGUCGUGUACGGCCUCAGCAAAGACUUCUGCGCGUCGGGGUACCGCGUCGGGGUGUUACGAACGAGGAACGAGGGCGUGCUGAGGGCGAUGGACAACGUGGCGUACUUCUGCACGCUGCCGGGCCCGAUGCAGCACGCCGUCGCGGAUAUGCUGGAGGAUGAGCGAUGGGUGGAUGAGUUCCUGGCGGAGAAUGCGAACAACCUGCGGGCGCAGCACGGCGCCCUGACCGCCGCGCUGGCGGACGCGGGAAUCCCCGUGGUGAACGCCGUCGCGGGCAUGUUCGCGUGGAUCGACCUGAGUGGUUGGAUGAGGGAGUCGACGUGGGAGGAGGAAAACCGGCUGUGGACGUUGGCGUUUGAGCGCGCCAAGAUCGUGAUGACGCCGGGCAGGGACUGCAGGCACGGGACGCCGGGGUGCUUCCGGCUGUGCUUCGCGACGGUGACGAUGGAGGCGCUGACGACGGCGGUGGGCAGGCUCAAGGAGAUGCUGGCGGAACACUGA